ACCUGACAAGACUCGGAAACUUAUGCUCUGACUCCGGGUUGGGAUAUUAGGAGAUACGCACGUAUCAGGUGCACGAUUUACUCAUGAAAGGUAUAAAGGUGAGGACAGUUUCGGAGUUCGUCGACAGUAUCAAAUCCAUCAGCAGAUUGUGUGAUACUGAUUCAACGGGAUUAGGCGUUGGUGCAUUCGAUCGAGUAACAUGAAGGGCUUACCGAUUUCGUUCCUGUUAGUAACGCUAAGCGCGAUAGUCGUUCUCGGAGAUGAGCCGAAUACAGAUUCUAACGCAGUUGGGCUGGUUCAAAACAACGAAGCAUCUACGAUGGAAGGCGAGAAGAAAACUGCUAAACGGCAUCUAUCGCUAGGCAUCGGUUACGGCGGUGGACUUGGGUUUUCUGGUGGUGUGUAUGGAGGUCACUCGGCUGGAUUAAUUGGGAAAGGUGUCGGCAUUGGUUACGGCGGAGGUUACGGUGGAGGUUACGGCGGAGGCUAUGGAAGGCUGUACGGGCACGGUGACGGUUAUGAGGGUGGAUACCAUGGAGCUGGUUUUGGUUACGGCUAUGGCGGAGGAUACGCUAGUCACGGUGGAUACCACAGUGGUUAUCGCGGAAGCUACGGAGGAUUUGCGAAACCAUUCUACACAGCCACUAUCAAAGAACACAUCCCUGUGCCAGUGCCAAAACCUUAUCCAGUCUUUAUAAAGAAGACCAUUCCGAUUCCAAUAACAGUGCCAAAACCAGUACCAUACCCAGUGUACGUAAAGAAACCCAUACCGAUUCCUAUUGAUCGUCCAGUGCCAGUGGCAGUUCCAUACCCCGUCACAAAGCACGUGCAAGUACCAGUGCCACACCCGUAUCCAGUGCCAGUGAAAGUGCCAACUCCAGUCGUAGUAACGAAACCUGUAGUUGUGACUAAGCCAGUGCUCAUCACCAAGCACUACACUCCUGUCGUGAGUGCACCAAUUGUGAGCACUCCAAUAGUGUCCACUCCAGUGAUCGCGGCACAUGCUCCAAUCCUCGCCACCACGGGACAUAUUUCCGUUUCGAACCACGGAGUUCAUCAAACUCAUGGAUCACAUCUACAUUCCGGUUCAUAUGGCUAUUCGAGUGGAGGCCAUUACGGAGGGGGUUCUCUAGGGCAUUAUGGCGCUUCUAGCCAUUUUGGGUCAGAAGGACAUUUUGCAGCUGGAGGCCACUUCGGCGCUGGUGGACACUAUGGCGCCGGUGGUCACUUUGCAGCGGGAACUGUGGGUGGAACCAUAUGCGAUCACUAAAUAGUUAAUCUUCUGUUAACUGAUGCUCAACACUAAUAGUACUUUAAGCAUAGAUGUUGAAAUAGUAAAUUAGUAGACUAAGAAGAUAGUUGUACAAAAACUUUACAAUGAAAUACAUGAAUCACUUGUUUGAGAAACCAAAUAAGGCUAUCUGACACAAAUAUCAACAAAGAACAGAUUUUACCAAAAUU